UGUGUCAUUUAUCUAAAUGUCAAGUGUAAUCGAAUUGAAUGGAUGUUAUAUAAGAGUUUAUUUUCACUCAAAUAGUAUUUUGUAUGUAUUGAUACGUUAAAUCACUUUGUUGUGGUAAUAGGUGAAAUGAGACAGUCCAUCAUGAGAUUAUCUACAGUGCAUAUAGAAAAGAAUGAGCCCCCUUUAAAAUCACAUUUUGUUGCUUUGCACCCUGAUUUGAAGACAGACACAGUUUUUGUUUUAUCCAGCUGUAUUUACUCUGUGCAAUUUAUAACAUCCGAGUAAAAGAUACGGUUGGAUAAAUCAAAAGCUGUGUCCAUCUUUGUUUCAGGCUGCAAAGCAACAAAAUGUGAGGGCUGAAUCUUUUUUACUGUACAUGCUUUCAAUGCACUUCACUGGCUACCUCUCAUGCUGAAUUUACAUCUGGAGGAUAUUAACGCGAUUCAAUUGGAGGGACCUCACUGUUUUAUAGAUUCAUAAAAUCCGAGGCUUUGUUGUGGAGUUUUAUUGCUCGCUGUUGGAGUUAUAAGUAUUUAAUCUGGUGGGCUUGUUGCUUCCUGUUUUGUGUUAUUGUGGUUGCAGCUAAAAAUAUGAGUACGUUACGUUAUAUGCAGAUACUUUAGCGUUUCCUUUUCUCCUUCUCUGCCAGUUUUUUUUUUUUCGUUCACACUGUAACGUAAAUAAGGCGGAAAACCGCUUUAAAUAACAUUAGUCGAAUUUCUAUCAGCUCAUGUUUAAUGAGUCUAGAGUUCGCUAACACUCCGUUAGCUGGCGGACUAGCACGCUAUGCUAGCUGACCACCAAAUAUUUUUACACGAUGUAAACGUCCAAGAAAACAGUCAGCAUUUUUUAUUUUAUUUCUUUUUUGGUAUUAAUCCGUCGAAAAACCCUUUCAGGACCGAUUCUGGAGAGCUAAAAGCUUCUCAGCCUCUGUCAGGAUAUUAGCCGGAAUAUGGCGUGACGUGUCGGUCAGGCUGUGAUACCGAACAGGAUCCCAUCAGGUAAUGUUUACCCCACAUCUGCAGAUAGAGAAGGACAUGGACAGCUCAGUGACCCUGUGGCAGUUCCUGCUGCAGCUGUUGCUGGAUCCCAGCAAUGACCGGCUUAUCUGCUGGACCAACGAGGAUGGAGAGUUCAAACUGUUGCAAGCGGAAGAGGUGGCCAGAUUAUGGGGCGUUCGCAAGAACAAACCCAGCAUGAACUACGACAAACUUAGCCGGGCUCUGCGUUACUACUAUGACAAGAACAUCAUCAAAAAAGUAAAUGGGCAGAAGUUUGUGUAUCGUUUCGUGUCAUACCCUGAUAUCCUAAAAGGAGAAGUCAUAGCCAGAACGGAGGGUGCAGACGGCGGCUCAAACGGACCUCUGCCUCUCUCUGACAAACCUGCAAACAUCUCCAGGGAUAAAGACGACAAAGCCAUCCCAGACCGAGGUGCAGGAACACCGGGUCAGUCCAAAUCGUCCAGCCGGAAUGAUUAUAUCCACUCAGGCUUGUAUUCUUCCUUCACUUUGAACUCUCUUCAGUCAGGAACGCAACUUUUUAAAUCCAUUAAGAUUGAAAAUCCAGGGGAAAAGCUAAUGGAGAAAAAGGCCGCCCAGGAGUCACCCCAGCCACCCACCGUCAUUAAAUUUGGGACCAUGCCACAGAACAGACAGGGCACUCCGUCUGUUAUAGAGAAGCCUGAACUUCCGGCACAGCCCACCCAAGCCCCACCCCCUGCUCCGGCAGAACCUGAGGCCAAACAGACACCCGUCUCGCAUGUAGUGUGUGCAUUUGUGGAGAAUCCCACCUCGGAGAAUGCCAUGACGGGCUUCCCGCUCUCAAGAGUGUCUCCAUCGCCGCUCCCUCGUUCCAAAUCGCCCUCCUCUUCACCGAUGACGGAUUCCCAGGAGCUGGUGAUUGACAGUGAAAUCGAGUCCCUCUCCUCACAGCCCUCAGAGUUACAGCUGCAGGACCAGCCCAUCUCUGUUUUCAAGGACUCUAUAGCAGUGUUUGAGAUGUCUGAAUCUCCACCCCGCAGUCUCAGUGGAAAGUCUAAGAAACCCAAAGGCCUUGAGUUGAUGCCGACGCUGGUGGUGACCAGCUCUGACCUCAGCCCUUUCAAUCUGUCCAGCCCAUCCCUCCCUACGGCUUCUCUCACCCCAGCCUUCCUGCAGACUCCCCUGCUGCUCACACCCAGUCCACUUCUGUCCAAUAUCCAUUUCUGGAGCACACUCAGUCCGGUGGCACCCCUCAGUCCCGCCCGGAGACAGGGCACACAUACCCUCUUCCAGUUUCCUUCUGUCCUGAGUUCCACGCAGUUCUCUGUUCCCGUGUAUAAUUUAGACGGCACCAACACGCCCGGCCCUCUCUCACCCGACCCACAGAAGACAUAAGAGAGGGAGAAAGACUGGCACACUUCAUCUUUGCCUCACGUUCUUGAUUGAUAAACAGAUUAACCUCAUUCUGUUCACCUGAUCUGACAUCCUUGAGGUAACGAAGAUUUGUGACCAGCGUUUAAGCGUCAAGAGCAUCCGUUUGACCCUUGAACCUUUUUGAUGUCCAUACGAAUUUAUAUCAAGCCAUCAUAUAGUGUCUGCAGGACACUGUAAAUCUUGUUUUUUUAAUGCACUGCUAUUCAGGGAUUGGCUGUGGUGAGACUAAAGCAGAUGGCUGUUGAUCUGCACAGCUGCCAAUAUGCGAGCUUAUCAUAAAACAUCCAUUGCUUGAUCAUUUGAUUAGGAUCCUGAUUGAAUUUCCUUGUGUUUUGCUUCUUGUGGAGUCUUGUGGACUUCGAUCAGACACAGAAGAGAUUCUCGCAUGACGUCGGCACCAUGUGUUUGUAUAGCAUUGGAUAAAGAGAGAUAAUUUUGUACAUAAUCCAACAAGUUCAACUCAUUUUUGCCUUUUGUUUGGGAAGUCCUCAAACAAACAUGCCUUGCCAAGCUAAACCGCCCCUUGCCUUGUGAUUUUGAUAAAGGUGACCGCCGUUUUACCUUGUAUCUUUCUUCAUGCUGCACUUACUGCCAUGUAUUUAAAGUGUUCUGUCAUAAUAACCCCACAAACAGCACUUGGAUGAAAACAAGCUGCACUUACUAGGGCUUUUGCGCCUGUUCGUGUUUACUACCCAUGCCGAUAAGAAGUAGUGAACUAGUUGGCUUAUUUUUGAAAAUCUAAUGUCACCCAUCUACUCUGGGACGCAGUUUGUGUACAUGCCAAUUUUCAUUCUAUUAUGUCUACAUCUACAAUUCAGUGCAUCACCUAGUAAAGCUAGCUGGUGCAACCCUCAAAAUGUUCCUGACAACAUUUUAAUGUUUAAGAGCCACAUGAACACAAUCACUUUAUGUAAUGAUUGUGAUCAGAGUCAGCAGAAGUCAAGUUUAUUUUGUAUAGCUCAUCAAAAAUGAAACUUCACAUCGUUCCAAACCUGCAUGUCUUUCUAUUUUUUCUGAGGAACGCAGUCAUUUGGAGAAUGUCCAUGCAAUGGAAGUCAACAAAAGAACACUGAACCCAACUGACCUUCACACUGAGAUAUGUGAUACACAUACAUAUUUUGCGUUGAACACAAGAAACAAAGUUAUAGAUAUUUCAUUCAUUUUUGGGUGAACAUCUCUUAAUGAAUAUAGAGGCUAACAAUCAGGAAGCCACGAAGCUUUCUGGUGCUUUGACCAUGAUGCACAUUUUUGAGAGGCUGUUUAGUAGGCUGAAUUGACAUCAUCCUCGUUCCAAUGCUUGAUGGCGACUGUCUAAUGAAGCGUGUUUCCACACACGCCCCAACGCCAUCGAAC